UUUUUUUGAAUUUGAAAUUGGAAUUGGAUCAAGUUGGUUUUUAAAGGAAAUUGAAAUUUUAAAACCCAAUUUGGUAAACUUGAUCAGUCUUAAGCUAGAAAUCGAUUUGAUUGGUUUAUCAAAGUCAAGGACCCUGUUGUCUUCAUACUAGGUUUUUUGAUAAAAUCCAUUAUAUAUACACUUUUAUAAGAUAUCACCCUUUUCGAACUCCUUUCGAACUUUGCAUAUAGAACCUGUUUAAAGGUAAAGAAAAGAGUACAGGAAACUAGGUAUACUGAAAUUGACAAAAAACCAAACCAUUAGAAAGAAAUCAUGAAGGUCUUCAACACUUUACAAAAUCAAAUCAUCUUAUUAAUCAUCACAUUAAAUUUCAUAAAUUCUUUAUUCAUCACUUCACCAAAUCAAUUCAGUUCAUGGAAUUUAUCUUCUCCUUUAAAAGUGGAUUGGAUCUCUUCAAUAAACGAUCCGAAAAGGUUUUAUAUCGAAGUCGUUAAUUCGAAGUUCGAUUCAUCAUCUAUCCAAACUUCUUUAACAAAAACAUAUAUCAAUUCAAAUCAAGAAUCGUUUAAUCUAUAUGGAACAACAAAUUUAAAACCAAGUAAAGAUUAUCAAUUACAUUUCAUUUCAAGUACAGGCGAAACCUUUGCCAAAUCACCCACUUUUGAAAUCUUACCUUCAAUAACUCCAACUCCAAACCUAGAAACCUUGAAUCCUAAAACACCUUAUACUCAUCAAACAAACCAAUCCCAACCACUCGAACCAAAACAACAAAUGGUUUGGCAAGUCUUAGUAAGUGUAAGUGUUUCGGUCGGAAUCGGAAUCAGUUUGGUCUCGACCGUUGGUGGUUAUACAACAAUGAGUUAUCCUGGUUUAUUAAGUGAAGUUUAAACCCAUUCAAAUCACCAUCAUGAAUAAACUUUGGUUUUGUAUAUCAUCUUUUCUUUCAAUGUGUUUAUAGUUCAUCUUGUUCCUUAUGACACAAAUCGCUUAUUUUACACUCCAUGCUUCACAGUUUUGUUGUUUUUAAACUUGUUGUCAAACCUUUCAUGUAUAUUUUUUGUGUAAACCUCUAGACUUUUCUUGCAUUUAUCUGGUUCCUUAAAACGUAUCCUGAUUUCUAAUCCCUACACUUCAAACCCUUGCAAAAACAAAAAUCUAAACUCGU